GAGAGAACAGAGGAAAAGAAGAAAAUUUUUGAACUAGCUGGCGGAGCCGCGAAGAAGAAGAAUUCAGAAACAGGCCGUGAAAAGAAGAAACAAGUGGUCACCUACUUGCCACUGGUUGAGCAAAAGCGGCGCGAAACAUGGAGAGCGUAUAAUGGGCGCGAGGGUGACUCGUCACUGUGCGUCACGGACGAGACGAGCACUGUGACGACGCCUGUUUCCGACAGGUCACCAUCGCUAAAGAAAAAACAUUCGCAGCAACCGAUGAUGAUACAAUUGGCCCGGAACGAGCUCUCACCUUAUCAGCAACAAACUAUACGAAAGGGCUCGGAUGCACAGAGUUGGUCUGAGACGGAAAGACCGAAAAUAUCCUGCCUGACAUCAACAAGCAAUGUGACAGAUCGUGCAGACGACUGGUUCAAUGAAGAUUCACCAAGCGAAACACAUUCCUAUGAAGUGGAAGGUAGUGUGGUGCAGGAGGCGACUCCGGAGGAAGUUCGGUAA